AUGUUUGAUCAGAUGCUUAAGCAUCGCAACCAUAAUGUCUGCCAAGGAAAGAAUAAUUUCUACAGUUACAAUGCCUGCCGCCAGGUCUUAUAUCCUGGCUUUGGCACCACUGGUGACAUCACUACCUGUAAAAGAGAAAUUGUUGCUUUCUUUGCCCAAACUUCCCAUGAAAUUACUGAUGAGGAUGGCCUACAACACCAUACACAUGGGGUUACUGCUUCCUUAGAAGGAAAUAUCCCGGGCGAUUACUGUACACAAAGUAGUCAAUGGCCUUGUGUUCCUAGCAAGAAAUAUUUCGGACGAGGCCCCAUCCAACUUACAAGGGAGAAAUUAGCGAAAAUGAUCAUAGCAUUUAAGAAUAAUUACAAUGAUGCUUGGGAACUCAACGGAGAUAAUCCUGGGUUGGACAGGCCUGUUGAUAGAGAAAUUUUCAACUUGUCUAUGCGAUUAUGGGGUGAUCAGAAGGAAUUUUAUGAUGGCUGGAAAUGGAAAUAG